GUAUAGAGUGUAUACAUGACAGAUAGCUGGGAUCUGAUUCUUCAUAUAAACUGUAUCAGCUGAUAUAUGGAAUAUUAAAGACCUAAAUGAGUCUUAUAAUAUCACCGAAGAUGGCGUCAAAAAGACCGUCUGCUGCAGACACCGUUUUCCCGCCAAAAAAGAGAGCCCUCUAUGAGCACAUGAAGCUUCAUGGGAUUGAGAAAUAUUCAUCCAAUCAGAUCGCAGCAAAUGGCAUUGUAGACUAUCAAGAAAACCUUGGCAUGUGUGGAUUUAAACUCCCUGUUAACAUUGUGAUUGCCGAGUUGGAAAAUUUUUCACGCACUCGAAGCGACUCUUUAAAUUCACACGUGUCAUCGAAUAGUGAUAACACUGAAACUGGGUCAACAGGAUCGAGGGAAACUUCACCAUGUACAAUUCAGUCGAUGUUUGAUCAUCAGACGCCAGAACGGAAUCCAAUAAGCUCCCUUGACGGUUUAAAACCUGACAUUUCAAAGCCGCUCUUUCCGCCUAGUGACAGUGACAGUUCGAUAGUGGGCAGCGAGGGACAAAUAAGCCCAGAUAACUCCAUUACUGAUGAGCAUGAUAACAGUAAAGCAGACGUAUAUGGAAGUGAAAAACAUAUUCCUAGUGAACAAGUGGUAGACUAUAAAAACCUUCAAAGAAAACAGACGGUCGUAAAUGAAUUCAGAAAUAAUGAAGUUCGGCAAGAGGAAAUGGAGCAUAAUCAUAAGGGUAAUUCCGUGAAGCAGGCUCAGUCAGAGGUUUACAUGGGACCUAUGGUGUCUUUACUAAAUCGUUUCAAUGCUGAAGCCGUGCAGAACAAAAUCCAUCUCAAGAUCAAGGAACAGUUAUCACUUGAUGAACUAAGAAAUGUGAUGCCAUCAAAUUUACCAAUAAGACAUUAUGAUCAGUCCAAAAUAUCUUCGUUAAACCUCAUGCCGGAAUCUGUUCCAUCUAAAAUAUUAACUGAAAAACUUUACAAAAACAAAGUUCAGAGUAAAACAAGGUCGUGCCACAUAUGUAAUAAAGAGUUUUCAACAGUUGCCAGUCUUCAUACUCACAUGAAAGGGCAUGAAAAUAAGUCAAUACCAUGUUGGGUGUGUAAGGAAAAGUUUCAGUCAGCCGAGAGUCUUAAUGCCCAUAUGAAAACGGAGCACAAAGGAGAGAAUCCUUACAAAUGUGAGCACUGUUCAAGGGAGUUUACGCAGUUUAAUAAUCUAAGACGGCACAUGCGCGUACAUAGAGAAAAAGUAUUUAAGUGUAACUUGUGUAACCGAGAGUUCAACGAGGAAUUUUAUCUGAAAAUGCACAUGGGAACGCAUACAGGGAAGCGCGUGUAUAGCUGCGGAGUUUGUGGGGCAGGUUUCCCCUCUAGUCAUGAUCUUAAAGUGCAUGUCAAAACUCACUCUCCAUCCUUGCUGCAUACAUGUGAUGUGUGCGGUAAGUCAUUCAGUAAAGCGUGCGUGUUACGCCAACAUAAAAAGGGUCAUUCUGGGGAGCGCCCCCAUAAGUGUGAUAAGUGCGAGAAAACAUUUAUUCAUCGUCACCAUCUUACUAUGCAUAUGAAAUCCCACGUCGACGAGAAACGGCUCAGCUGCAAUAUAUGCCAGAAAGAAUUCUCGCAGCACAGUCAUUUAUAUAAACAUUUAAGAGCCCACGAGGAUAUGAAAAAAUAUGGACUGGACUUAAACCCUACCCAUAAAAUGAAAAAUGUCGAGUUAGAAAGUAACCCAAAAAAGGACUUGUCCCAAGGUCAGCAGAUCAGUCAAAGGUCGUCACCAAAGGUUGUAACAACAGACAAUGUUUCUUGUAAUGAAUCUGAAGGUAUAAAUAAACAUUCUAUAGAUCGAUUAAACAUUAUAGCUAGUAAAACCCCAAAACAAAGAAAACAUAGUGUUCAACAGGAUUAUCAAUAUCAGAAUUCUGGACAUGUAAAUGAGCCGUUGUCAGCGCCAUCAGUAAGUAAUCAUCAUCAUGGGUUACCAUCAAUGGCACAGUCGUUCACACAUCAGAUGGGUAGUAGACUUCCCAGCAUGCAAUAUAGUGGAGAAAUGUCCCAAAACUAUCUGCCUGGUUCCCCUGCUCAGUCAUUUUCACCAAUGUUCAAUCCACUGCUGAGAAAUGGGGCACCAGCAUGCUAA